UGAAAAAUUCUGUGGUUCAGAAUCUGAAAAUUAAAGGCCUCAGCUUCACCUUAUCCCAUACGUAUCUUCAUGUAUAAUUAUCACCACAUAUUCAUCUUAACUUACUUGCAACCAUAAUUUUAAUUUUAGAAGAAAGACACUCACAAAGUGAAAAUCAGAAUAACUGAAAAAAAAAAAAAGUUGAAUUGUUUCUAUAUAUACAAAGGAAGUUGCUCUGUUAGCUUUAGUUGCAGCCAUGGCCACCCACGCAGCUCUAGCUCCUUCAAGAAUCCCGGCCAGCACCAGGCUUCCUUCCAAGACAACCUACUCUUUCCCUAGUCAAUGCUCCUCUAAGAGGUUAGAAGUAGCUGAAUUUUCUGGGCUUCGAGCCACUUCUCAUGUAAGUUAUGCCAAGAAUGCUACUGAGGGAUCCUUCUUUGAUGUGGUGGCUGCUCAAAUGACUCCCAAGGUAGCAGCAUCAACUCCAAUCAGAGCAGAAACAGUAGCAAAACUCAAGGUAGCAAUCAAUGGAUUCGGACGCAUUGGCAGGAACUUCCUCAGAUGCUGGCAUGGCCGCAAGGACUCUCCCCUUGAAGUGAUCGUUGUCAAUGACAGUGCUGGUGUCAAGAACGCUGCUCACUUGCUGAAAUAUGAUUCCAUGCUUGGAACAUUUAAAGCAGACGUGAAAAUUGUGGAUGAUAGCACCAUCAGUGUGGAUGGGAAGCACAUCAAGGUUGUCUCCAACAGAGACCCUCUUAAGCUUCCAUGGGCUGAACUUGGAAUAGACAUUGUCAUUGAGGGAACAGGAGUAUUUGUGGAUGGCCCUGGUGCUGGGAAACAUAUCCAAGCUGGUGCCAAGAAAGUCAUCAUCACUGCUCCAGCUAAAGGUGCUGAUAUUCCAACCUAUGUUGUUGGUGUUAAUGAAAAGGAUUACAGUCACCAGGUUGCCAACAUUGUAAGCAAUGCUUCCUGUACUACGAACUGUCUGGCUCCAUUUGUAAAGAUCAUAGAUGAGGAAUUUGGCAUUGUCAAGGGAACAAUGACUACCACUCACUCCUACACUGGAGAUCAGAGACUCUUGGAUGCUUCACACCGUGACUUGAGAAGAGCCAGAGCAGCAGCACUGAACAUUGUGCCAACGAGCACCGGUGCAGCGAAGGCUGUCUCUCUUGUGUUGCCUCAGCUCAAAGGAAAGCUCAAUGGCAUUGCCCUCCGUGUCCCAACACCAAAUGUCUCAGUUGUGGACUUGGUUGUGAACGUUGAGAAGAAGGGUAUUACAGCUGAAGAUGUCAAUGCAGCUUUCAGGAAAGCAGCAGAUGGGCCAUUGAAGGGCAUAUUGGAUGUCUGUGAUGUUCCUCUUGUGUCUGUUGACUUCCGAUGCACUGAUGUUUCUUCCACCAUUGACUCUUCAUUGACCAUGGUCAUGGGAGAUGACAUGGUCAAGGUAGUUGCCUGGUACGACAAUGAAUGGGGAUACAGCCAAAGGGUUGUUGAUUUGGCACAUUUGGUGGCCAACGAGUGGCCAGGCGUGGCUGCAACUGGAAGUGGAGAUCCAUUGGAGGAGUUCUGUGAGAAAAACCCAGCAGACGAGGAGUGCAAAGUUUAUGAAGCUUAGAUGAUAAAAAUUUACAAUUCAAUUUUUAUAUGUAUUUUUUAUUUUUGGGAUUAAUCCUAUUGAGACUGAUGUUUUUCAAUGCCUUGUAAUAAUCAAAUGCUUAUCUUGUAAUUAGAGCUGAGAAACAGGAAUACAUGCUUCAAAUAUUAUUUUGAGGAAAGGCUUAACUCA